AUGACGUCAGCAGCUAUGGAGGGAUUUGAAGCGUGUACUGAGGAAGCUAUCCGAUAUUUGAUCGAGGAUGAGAAACUGCCAGCAGACGAUCCUAUGGUAGUAGGAUUGAGAGAAUAUUUGUUCGAGAAACAGAAAGCUCUGGCUUACUCUAAUUUAUUCGAUCAUCAAGUCCCAAACUUUUCUCUACCUACGUCACUUCCGGUCAAUUACAACUUAUUUGAACAAUGUGAGGAAUAUUCACUGCGGUCUGACAAUCUUUCUGACCAAUCAACAGACUCUAUUGAAAUCUCAAAUAUAUCGUCCGAGUCAGACAUGAUGUCAGAACAGGAAGUGGCGCCAGAAACUGAAAUGGCGGAAUCUGUGGACUUCUGUGACGUUAAUAAUUUGUGUUUACCAGAAGACAAAAUCUCGGCUAUUCGUGCUUUAACCGCAGAACUUUUAUCUCUUAUGGAACAGGAGGACGAUUUUUCAGAUUUCGAUGACGACGAGGAGUUUUCAAGUUACGUUAUGGACAAUGAGGAGGAACUAGACCACUAA